GUUAAAACUGGCUGAGGGCUUUAAGGGUCCAGUUUGUGUUGAACUCUGUUGGUAUCAGUGGGGUUAUUUAAAGAGUUACCAUGGUAACAUUUCUUGUGAGCAGCAGCUCGCCCCUUGUUUCCUGUUCACACUUUACUUUCACUUUGUUCAUGACGCAGCUUCUUUUCUCCGUGUGAGGUAAAUGUAACCGACAUGUUUCAAACUAACUGCUGUUAGCUUGUUUUAGUAAAGUAACUCUGAACUUUAACAAACUAACUGGGGUCCUCCAUGUUGUGGAUAUCUGGGCUAAGCGGUGGAAUAAGAGCAGCUGUUGAGCUCCUUUCUCCUCAGGAGUUGAACACAGAGUCGUUGUUUCCGUGCAGCUUCUCUUCCUGAUGUCUGAAGCGGCCUGUGGAGGAGGCGGAGACGAGCCGCUGCUCUCCCGCUGUCUGAGCCACUAACUGCGGCUCGGCCGGUAACACCAGAGUCCAGCAGAGUCCAGCAGAGUCCAGCAGAGUCCACCAGAGUCCACCAGAGUCCAGCAGAUCCUCGCAGGAGCUAACACUCACAUAUACUGAGAAAUCUCUGCAGGUGAAAGUGGAUGUGAGUUGAGCAGCAUGAGUCAGUGUGAGGACAGAGAGGAGGGAGUCCCUCCCUCUAAAAGCACUCUGUGUGGGGAACAUGACAGCCAGACCAAAGCUCAGAGCCCAGAGCAGCAGCAGGGACCAGACUCUGCUGGACCUGGACCUGGACCUGGACCUGAGCCCAGCUGUGUGUCCUUCAAGAGUGACCGGUCAAAGGAUAUUAUUAUUGAAUUUAAAGGACAACCGUCUGCUGCAGAGAGAGUCCACCAGGAGAGCUCAGAAGUUCCUAGUGGUCAGUCUGCCCAGCAGCAUCAAACACACCUGGACUCCAUAUUUAUGCUGCUGGAGGACAACAUUGUCACUUUUGUGAAGAACGAGCUGAAGAAGAUCCAGAAGGCUCUGAGUUCAGAUUACCCAGAAUGCUUAGAGAGUCAGAGGGAGGAUGAGGAGGUGUUGGACGGUGAGGAGGAAGAGCAGAGGAGGAGCAGCAGAGAGGCAUUUCUGAAGAUCACAGUGCACUUCCUGAGGAGAAUGAAGCAGGAGGAGCUGGCUGAGCGUCUGCAGAGCGAACCUCCUUUUGCAGUCUGUCAGCGUAAACUUAAAUCUAAGCUGAAGGAGAAGUUCCAGUGUGUGUUUGAGGGGAUUGCUAAAGCAGGAAACCCAACCCUUCUGAACCAGAUCUACACAGAGCUCUACAUCACAGAGGGAGGGACUGCAGAGGUCAAUAAUGAACAUGAGGUCAGACAGAUUGAAACAGCAUCCAGGAAACCAGCCAGACCAGAAACAACCAUCAGACAAGAAGACAUCUUUAAACCCUCACCUGGAAGAGAUGAACCAAUCAGAACAGUGAUGACAAAGGGAGUGGCUGGCAUUGGGAAAACAGUCUUAACACAGAAGUUCACUCUGGACUGGGCUGAAGACAAAGCCAACCAGGACAUACAGUUCACAUUUCCAUUCACUUUCAGAGAGCUGAAUGUGCUGAAAGAGAAAAAGUACAGCUUGGUGGAACUUGUUCAUCACUUCUUUCCUGAAACCAAAGAAGCAGGAAUCUGCAGGUUUGAAGAGUUCCAGAUUGUGUUCAUCUUUGACGGUCUGGAUGAGUGUCGACUUCCUCUGGACUUCCACAACAAUGAGGUCCUGACUGAUGUUACAGAGUCCACCUCAGUGGAUGUGCUGCUGACAAACCUCAUCAGGGGGAACCUGCUUCCCUCUGCUCGCCUCUGGAUAACCACACGACCUGCAGCAGCCAAUCAGAUCCCUCCUGGGUGUGUUGACAUGGUGACAGAGGUUAGAGGGUUCACUGACCCACAGAAGAAGGAGUACUUCAGGAAGAGAUCCAGAGAUAAGAAGCAGGCUAGCAGCAUAAUCUCCCACAUCAAGACAUCACGAAGCCUCCACAUCAUGUGCCACAUCCCAGUCUUCUGCUGGAUCACUGCUACAGUUCUGGAGGAGGUGUUGAAGACCAGAGAGGGAGGAGAGCUGCCCAAGACCCUGACUGAGAUGUACAUCCACUUCCUGGUGGUUCAGUCCAAACUGAAGAACACCAAGUAUGAUGGAGGAUCUGAGACAGAUCCACACUGGAGUCCAGAGAGCAGGAAGAUGAUUGAGUCUCUGGGAAAACUGGCUUUUGAGCAGCUGCAGAAAGGCAACCUGAUCUUCUAUGAAUCAGACCUGACAGAGUGUGGCAUCGAUAUCAGAGCAGCCUCAGUGUACUCAGGAGUGUUCACACAGAUCUUUAAAGAGGAGAGAGGGUUGUACCAGGACAAGGUGUUCUGCUUCGUCCAUCUGAGCGUUCAGGAGUUUCUGGCUGCUCUUCAUGUCCAUCUGACCUUCAUCAACUCUGGUGUCGAUCUGCUGGCAGAAGAACAAUCAACCUCCCGGAAGUCUGAAACAAGUAAAGAUGAAUCUUCUGUGACACAGUUCUACCAGAGUGCUGUGGACCAGGCCUUACAGAGUCCAAAUGGACACCUAGACUUGUUCCUCCGGUUCCUCCUGGGACUUUCACUGCAGACCAAUCAGACUCUCUUACUAGGCCUGCUGACAGAGACAGGAAGUGGCUCAGAAACCAAUCAGGUGACGGUCGAGUACAUGAAAAAGAAGAUCGAAGAGACUCCCUCUGUGGAGAAAAGCAUCAAUCUGUUCCACUGUCUGAAUGAACUGAAGGAUCGUUCUCUAGUGGAUCAGAUCCAACAGUCCCUGAGUUCAGGAAAACUCUCCACAGAUAAACUCUCUCCUGCUCAGUGGUCAGCUCUGGUCUUCAUUUUACUGUCAUCAGAAAAAGUCCUGGAUGUGUUUGACCUGAAGAAAUACUCUGCUUCAGAGAAGGCUCUUCUGAGGCUGCUGCCAGUGGUCAAAGCCUCCAAGAAAGCUCUGCUGAGUGGCUGUAACCUCUCAGAGAGAAGCUGUGAAUCUCUGUCCUCAGUUCUCAGCUCCCAGUCCUCUAGUCUGAGAGAGCUGGACCUGAGUAACAACAACCUGCAGGACUCAGGAGUGAAGCUGCUGUCUGCUGGACUGAAGAGUCCACACUGUACACUGAAAAUGCUCAGGCUAUCAGGCUGUCUGAUAACAGAGGAAGGCUGUGUUUCUCUGGCCUCAGCUCUGUGCUCCAACCCCUCCCAUCUGAGAGAGCUGGACCUGAGCUACAAUCAUCCAGGAGACUCAGGAGUGAAGCUGCUGUCUGCUGGACUGGAGGAUCCACACUGGAGAUUGGAGACUCUGAGCUCAGAGGUUCCCAGUGGUCAGUCUGCCCAGCAGGAUCAAACACACCUGGACUCCAUAUUUAUGCUGCUGGAGGAGAACAUUGUCACUUUUGUGAAGAACGAGCUGAAGAAGAUCCAGAAGGGUCUGAGUUCAGAUUACCCAGAAUGCUUAAAGAGUCAGAGGGAGGAUGAGGAGGUGUUGGAGGGUAAGGAGGAAGAGCAGAGGAGGAGCAGCAGAGAGGCAUUUCUGAAGAUCACACUGCACUUCCUGAGGAGAAUGAAGCAGGAGGAGCUGGCUGAGCGUCUGCAGAGCAUCUGUCAGUGUAAACUUAAAUCUAAGCUGCAGAAGAAGUUCCAGUGUGUGUUUGAGGGGAUUGCUAAAGCAGGAAACCCAACCCUUCUGAACCAGAUCUACACAGAGCUCUACAUCACAGAGGGAGGGACUGCAGAGGUCAAUGAUGAACAUGAGGUCAGACAGAUUGAAACAGCAUCCAGGAAACCAGCCAGACCAGAAACAACCAUCAGACAAGAAGACAUCUUUAAAGCCUCACCUGGAAGAGAUGAACCAAUCAGAACAGUGAUGACAAAGGGAGUGGCUGGCAUUGGGAAAACAGUCUUAACACAGAAGUUCACUCUGGACUGGGCUGAAGGCAAAGCCAACCAGGACAUCCAGUUCACAUUUCCAUUCACUUUCAGAGAGCUGAAUGUGCUGAAAGAGGAAAAGUACAGCUUGGUGGAACUUGUUCAUCACUUCUUUACUGAAACCAAAGAAGCAGGAAUCUGCAGCUUUGAAGAGUUCCAGGUUGUGUUCAUCUUUGACGGUCUGGAUGAGUGUCGACUUCCUCUGGACUUCCACAACAAUGAGGUCCUGACUGAUGUUACAGAGUCCACCUCAGUGGAUGUGCUGCUGACAAACCUCAUCAGGGGGAACCUGCUUCCCUCUGCUCGCCUCUGGAUAACCACACGACCUGCAGCAGCCAAUCAGAUCCCUCCUGGGUGUGUUGACAUGGUGACAGAGGUCAGAGGGUUCACUGACCCACAGAAGGAGGAGUACUUCAGGAAGAGGUUCAGAGAUGAGGAGCAGGCCAGCAGAAUCAUCUCCCACAUCAAGACAUCACGAAGCCUCCACAUCAUGUGCCACAUCCCAGUCUUCUGCUGGAUCACUGCUACAGUUCUGGAGGAGGUGUUGAAGACCAGAGAGGGAGGAGAGCUGCCCAAGACCCUGACUGAGAUGUACAUCCACUUUCUGGUGGUUCAGUCCAAACUGAAGAACACCAAGUAUGAUGGAGGAGCUGAGACAGAUCCACACUGGAGUCCAGAGAGCAGGAAGAUGAUUGAGUCUCUGGGAAAACUGGCUUUUGAGCAGCUGCAGAAAGGAAACCUGAUCUUCUAUGAAUCAGACCUGACAGAGUGUGGCAUCGAUAUCAGAGCAGCCUCAGUGUACUCAGGAGUGUUCACACAGAUCUUUAAAGAGGAGAGAGGGCUGUACCAGGACAAGGUGUUCUGCUUCGUCCAUCUGAGCGUUCAGGAGUUUCUGGCUGCUCUUCAUGUCCAUCUGACCUUCAUCAACUCUGGUGUUAAUCUGUUGGUAGAAGAACAAUCAACCUCCCAGAAGUCUGAAACAAGAAAUGAUGAAUCUGCAGUGAUACAGUUCUACCAGAGUGCUGUGGACAAGGCCUUACAGAGUCCAAAUGGACACCUGGACUUGUUCGUCCGUUUCAUCCUGGGACUUUCACUGCAGACCAAUCAGACUCUCCUAAGAGGCCUGCUGACACAGACAGGAAGUGGCUCAGAAACUAACCAGGUAGCAGUCGAGUACAUCAAGAAGAAGAUCGAAGAGACUCACUCUGCAGAGAAAAGCAUCAAUCUGUUCCACUGUCUGAAUGAACUGAAGGAUCGUUCUCUAGUUGAGAAGAUCCAACAGUCCCUGAGUUCAGGAAGUCUCUCCACAGAUAAACUCUCUCCUGCUCAGUGGUCAGCUCUGGUCUUCAUCUUACUGUCAUCAGAAAAAGAUCUGGACGUGUUUGACCUGAAGAAAUACUCUGCUUCAGAGGAGGCUCUUCUGAGGCUGCUGCCAGUGGUCAAAGCCUCCAAGAAAGCUCUGCUGAGUGGCUGUAACCUCUCAGAGAGAAGCUGUGAAGCUCUGUCAACAGUUCUCAGCUCCCAGUCCUCUAGUCUGAGAGAGCUGGACUUGAGUAACAACAACCUGCAGGAUUCAGGAGUGAAGCAGUUGUCCGCUGGACUGGAGAGUCUACACUGUACACUAAAAAUGCUCAGGCUGUCAGGCUGUCUGAUCUCAGAGGAAGGCUGUGUUUCUCUGGUCUCAGCUCUGACCUCCAACCCCUCCCAUCUGAGAGAGCUGGACCUGAGCUACAAUCAUCCAGGAGACUCAGGAGUGAAGCUGCUGUCUGCUGGAUUGGAGGAUCCUCACUGGAGCCUGGAAACUUUAAGGGUGGAGCCUGCUGGAGUCCGAUGGUUGAGACCAGGUCUGAGGAAGUAUUCCUGUGAAGUCACACUCGACACAAACACAGUACACAGAGGGAUCAAACUGUCUGACAACAACAGGAAGGCGACACGUAAGGAGGAGGAUCAGUCAUAUCCUGAUCAUCCAGACAGGUUUGACUACUGGCCUCAACUGCUGUGUAGAAAUGGUCUGACUGGUCGCUGUUACUGGGAGGUGGAGAGGAGAGGAAGUGUUGAUAUAUCAGUGAGUUACAGAGGAAUCAUAAGGAGAGGAGACAGAGAAGACUGCAGGUUUGGAAUGAACGAUCAGUCCUGGAGUCUGAGGUGUUCUGAUGAUGGCGGUUACUAUAUCUGGCACAAUAAGAAAGGAACUUCCCUCUCCUCCUCCUCCUCCUCCUCCUCCUCCUCCUCCUCCUCCUCCAGAGUAGCAGUGUAUGUGGACUGUCCUGCUGGCUCUCUGUCCUUCUACAGAGUCUCCUCCGACACACUGAUCCACCUCCACACCUUCAACACCACAUUCACUGAACCUCUUUAUCCUGGAUUUGGGUUCUGGAAGGCUGGUUCCUCAGUGAGCAUGUGUUCUGUUUAGGAGGGAGAGUCUCCUCCUGGUAGAGAACAGAUCAGUUGAGUCUGUACAGGAUCACAGAAGCUUCUUGUAAUAAAUCCAUCAAUGAACUUUGUACAAAGUGAUUCAAAGUGAUUGAACAGAUUCCUCAUUUCCAUGUAAACUUCUUCCACUUCCAGUCCUUUAAAGAUGGAAGCUCUGAUCAUUAAAUGGUGGAAAUGCCGUUGACUUGGACCUUCUGUCAUGUGUUGCUUUGAAUUCUGGCUCUUGUUCCAAUAAAAGCAGAAUGUUACUGUGAA